AUGUUUAUAUGGACCAGCGGCCGGACCUCUUCAUCUUACAGACACGAUGAGAAAAGAAAUAUUUACCAAAAAAUCAGGGACCACGACCUCUUGGACAAAAGGAAAACUGUCACAGCACUGAAAGCAGGAGAAGACCGGGCCAUUCUCCUGGGACUGACCAUGAUGGUGUGCUCCAUCAUGAUGUACUUUCUGCUGGGAAUCACACUCCUGCGCUCAUACAUGCAGAGCGUGUGGACCGAGGAAUCUCAGUGCACCUUGCUGAAUGCAUCCAUCACGGAAACAUUUAAUUGCUCCUUCAGCUGUGGCCCGGACUGCUUGAAACUCUCUCAGUACCCCUGCCUCCAGGUGUAUGUCAACCUGACUUCUUCAGGGGAAAAGCUCCUUCUCUACCACACCGAAGAGACAAUGAAAAUCAAUCAGAAGUGCUCCUAUAUACCUAAGUGUGGAAAAAAUUUUGAAGAAUCCAUGUCCCUGGUGAGUGUUGUCAUGGAAAACUUCAGGAAGUACCAACACUUUUCCUGCUAUUCUGACCCAGAAGGAAACCAGAAGAGCGUCAUCCUAACCAAACUCUACAGUUCCAAUGUGCUGUUCCACUCACUCUUCUGGCCAACGUGUAUGAUGGCUGGGGGCGUGGUGAUCGUUGCCAUGGUGAAGCUCACACAGUACCUCUCCCUGCUCUGUGACAGGAUCCAGCGGAUCAAUAGAUAG